AUGGGGUCGAUUCUUCAGUCUACAGAUAUCGAAAACAAGCUGGUGGACUUGUCCGGGGUAGUUCUGAAGCCAGGAGAGAAUCCUUACAAUGCCUUGAUAGAAGCCUGCGAUGAUGAGCCAGCGAAAAUCCAGAAGCUAUAUGCCGCCCACCGCGUCAAGCGUAACGCACAACAGAGAGCCAAGUUUCUCGCCUCUGACUACACGGGGCUGAUCAUAGAUCAGUAUCUGCUGCGAUUGGAAAAUCCCCAGAUAGAGCCUGGCUUUGACCCAAGAUACUGCAUGACCUUCUGGGGCCGACCUCCAAUCCACGCACUAGAACUCGCAGAAGCAAUUCAGAAUAGACUCAAAGCUGUUGCGCCAGCAAUCUGGCUUAUGCCCCUCCACCGCAUGCACAUCACCACGCUAGAAGUAGCUUUCUCCCGCACAGCUGCCGAGAUCGAAGCGCUCAAGGAGACGCUAAAGCCGGCCAUCCCACACAUAGCGAGCUACACGCACCGCCACCGGUCGCGGCUCGUCAAGCCCAUGAUAUCGUACGACCUGUCCGCAUUCGCGCUAUCGUUCCUUCCAGCUGCCAGCGAGCCGCCACUCUCGCCCGCCCCAAUGGCACCCGACAGCGUCGAGGUGCUGCGGCAAGGCGACUCAUACACGUACCACCACCUGCGGCGGGACGUGUGGGAGCAGGCCAAGGAUGCCGGCGUGACGGUCAGCUCGCGGUAUGUGGUGCCGAGCGCGCAUAUCACGCUUGGUCGAUAUCUAACGGAAGCGGACCACGCGACGCCUGAGCAGAGGCGGAAGUGGGUUGAUGCAAUUGACGAGAUCAAUGCGUGGUUGGAGGCGGAGGUGUGGGAUAAUGCCGAUUCGAAGCUGAUUGGAGAAUGGGUCAUCGGUCAGGAGAAGGGCUUGGACGUGCGGGUCGGGACGCUGUGGUAUGGUGGCGGUCGGACGGUCCAGAUGGGUGAGGGGUUCUAG